CAGCCGGCUCGAAUGACGUUUCAAAACACUUAAAACCACCUCAGACGUCCCUCAGGCAUACGUCUUUCGGUCUACUCAUAACUUUCUCGCUGUCUUCUUGCGGAAAUUGAAGACAGUGACACGCAAUCAACAUCCCCCAAGUCUCUAUACCCUUGUUGUAUCUUCGAAACAUGGACGCUUCCGAUCAGAGUUCGUCAAAGGGCAAGGCGGCCGAUCUCAUUGGCGCCGGCGGUUUCCGCCCGCAAGUGAACAUGGAAGUCAGGCCACCGAAGCCCGAGGACCUCCAGAAGAGCUACGCCAGCGUUGUUGACGAGGUUCACAGUCCCGGCUGGUACGGAGGCAUGAUCAAUGUCCUCGGCGAAGUCAUUGGAUGCUUUGGCGCCAUUCCGUUUUGCGUCUGCUUUCCGAAUCCUUAUAAGAAGGUCUCACAGGGAAAUGUUGGCCUGGUCACGAAAUUCGGCCGCUUCUACAAAGCAGUGGAUCCUGGUCUCACCAAAAUCAACCCCCUGUCAGAGUCCCUGAUCCAGGUGGACGUCAAGAUCCAGAUCGUCGAGGUGCCCCAGCAGACCUGCAUGACCAAGGACAACGUCUCGCUGCACCUCACCUCGGUCAUCUACUACCACAUCGUUGCCCCGCACAAGGCAGCCUUCGGCAUCACCAACAUCCGCCAGGCACUCAUCGAGCGCACCCAGACCACCCUCCGCCACGUCAUCGGUGCGCGCGUGCUGCAGGAUGUGAUUGAGCGCCGUGAGGAGAUUGCGAAGGCCAUCGGCGAGAUCAUCGAGGAGGUCGCGGCCGGCUGGGGAGUGCAGGUGGAGAGUAUGCUGAUGAAGGACAUCAUCUUCAGCCAGGAACUGCAGGAAUCCCUCUCCAUGGCCGCGCAGAGCAAGCGCAUCGGAGAGAGCAAGAUCAUUGCCGCGAAGGCAGAGGUCGAAGCCGCCAAGCUAAUGCGCCAGGCGGCCGACAUCUUGUCAUCGGCGCCGGCCAUGCAGAUCCGCUAUCUCGAGGCGAUGCAGGCCAUGGCCAAGAGCGCCAACAGCAAGGUCAUCUUCCUGCCGGCCGCUAACCAGACCAUGCCCGGCUCCGCGGCGUUCAAUGCCGCCAUGGCCGGCGAGCGCCACGGCAACCCGUUCGAGGAGGGCGGCAGCUCGGCCGGCAAGUCCAACGACCACGACUUUGGAACGCACGACACCGGCUUCCAGCAAGCUAUGAACGCGCGCGUGAUCGAGAAUAUUUGAGUAUGUGAUGAUCCCCUCUCCUCUCAAGUGGGGGGCCGGUGGCACUCGAUCUCUCGCGUCGCUGU